UUGUCCAUGAGAAGAACAUCUGUUCAUCGUUUUAAAUGACUGUCUGUCAUACACUAUUAAGUAUUAACAAUUUUCUGUUAAUGAUACGUGUCUAGGUUUAUCAUUACAAUGAAAUUGUCAUAGUCAGGGGAAAUACACAUCAAGAUUUUUUAUAACGACGAUCGACUACCAAUAGAAAGAUGUUGGUUUGAUAACAAAAUGUCUACGUGUGAUCAGACAGGUCUUAUAGAAAAUAACGUUGCAGUAGAAAACGGGUGUGACAAGGACAAUAGUUUAUCUAACGGAGAAUCUGGAAUAGAUACAGAUACUGACUAUUCGUCUAGUAACGUGAACGAGAAACAAAAAAUAAUGCGACUGAAUUCAACUGAGGAUAAGAGUGCAUCUAACUGCAUCGAAGCUGCCAUUAAUGCUAAAGAAAACCAUGUUGAUUCAAACAUGAAUACUACAUCGGAAGAAUCUAUGGAUAAUGCCAAUAUUAACAAUAAUAACGUGACUUCUGAUGAAACUGGUAGCUCCCAGAAUUCUGUGCACGGUAGUGGGAUUAAUUCAGAUGGGAUGGAGGUACUGACAAGUAAUCAGACUUAUUCUGAUAUGAACCAGAUUCCGGUAACACCAGAUAGCAAUCAUGUGACUAUGUCCAUGACAAUGCAACCAGAUGGCCAGUUUACUUCUACAGGCACUGCUGUAGGUAUGAUGGGACAAUCUGUUCCCCAUGGUACAUCUACUUCCAUGCCAAUGCCAACCAUGGCAGGAUUUGUACCUGCAGGUCCACCUGUUGGCACUUGCCAUCCUAUCCAGCACCCUGGCGCUGCAUCACCAAAUCAUCAAAGCACCACACCAGUGACGCCUCCACAAUCUGGAGCCAGUACCCCUAAUCCAACUACUGGUGCCGCGAAUAAUGGAAACCAAGGCACCGGGCACCAGCAUGUAGUUCAUGUACAUAUUAGUCCAGGAGAAACAUUUACAGUCCGAGUUGAUGAUCAGCUUCAGCAUAUUCAAGGUAGGUCUUUGUUAUUUUUGGAUGUGAUUUUAGGUCUUUGUUAUUUUCUUUGUAAUAUUUGGUCAAUGUUAUUUUAGGUCUUUGUCUAAUCU